GAGAGUGGACGUGCUGCUUGUCGGUGGUUAAAUUUCUACUAUAUGGCUGGUGCUUUGCGUUUAAUUUUGAUUUUCAAGCGUGUUAAAUAGUCCAUAACUUGGCCUGGAUAUUGUAAAAGUAACAGUCUAUAAUUUUCAUCGCGGAAUCACGUUUCGGAUUUAAGUCCACCAAAAGUCUGCUUCUUACAUUUUAUGGAAGUCGAAAUAUGUAGCAUCAUAAACUAACUAAAGUUAUGUCAAAGAGAAAGAAAUAUUAUUAAGUAGCUGACAAUGCUGCCAAUGCCACAAACGCGCUAUCUAUCGACACCGGAAUGAUAAUCCUUUCAGCUUUUCCACAAUUCAUCAAUAUCAGUACCGGAUUCUUCCAAUAUCGUCAAUAAUAAAGAGCUCUUCUAAACAUAAACAAAGAUGCCUGGACUCGUUGUUUUUAGGCGGCGUUGGUCAGUAGGCUCAGAUGAUCUCGUAGUGCCAGGAGCAUUUUUGUUAAUUAUACAUCUUAUAUGUUUUGUAAUUGUGUUGGCAUCAUUAUUGGUAUUCGAGUACAAUCUCACGGUUUUGAACUUAAAACUACUAUUCUGUCUCUACAUUUCUUAUGUGAUAAUUUUAUUUUGUUCAGUUUGCGUUGAGGCGGGUAUCUGUAUUAUAUCUAUGCGGGGUAGUAUUCUGGACUCUGCCGCACGAACAACGAUUAACUUUUGGAUAUAUUUUAAGAGCAUGGUAAUAUUUUUUGAUAUUACUUGGUUAGUAUUAGGUACAAUAUGGUUGACAAACUAUUAUUUUAAUUCGCCCAUCGAUGAGGCCAAGAAGAUUUUCAUGGCAAUUGUUAUUUGCAACUGGGCAUUGGUGUUCAUAACUCUUAUUACCAUUUGGUGUACAUUCGAUGCUGCCGGCCGUUCAUGGGUUAAAAUGAAAAAGUAUCAAAGGUCAAUGAGAGAGACUGAAUCUCGCUUCAAUUAUAAACGUAGCAACAGCAUGAAUCGCAAUUGGCGUCAACGAAAAGUGAUGCGUGCGUAUCAAGACAGUUGGGACCAUCGAUGCCGUCUAUUGUUCUGUUGCAUGCGUAGCACCGAUCGCAAUCGGAAUUCCUUCACCGACAUAGCCCGUCUGCUUAGCGAUUUCUUUCGCGAACUAGAUGUGGUGCCAUCAGAUGUCGUGGCAGGUUUGGUGUUAUUGCGAAAAUUUCAAAGAAUAGAACGCGAAGCCGUUGUUCGCCAGCGAAAGAACGGCACAUACGAGUUCCUGAGCGGCGUGCCAAUCACUGAGCGCACUCAGUUCCUAGCUUUAAACGAUGCUAAAAACUACGAUUUCUUCCAAACAAUCAUACACUACAUGUAUUUCGCUCAGGGUGCCUACGGCUGGCCAAUGUACUUCAUAAUAAAUCGCUCUAAACUGUAUAAUUUGCUGCCUGAGUUAAAAUGCUUUACUUGUUGUUGCCGUCCCCCAACUGAUACACCCACUGUUAUACAAGACAACUGUUGUUUUUGUAAUUAUGCCGCUAAAAAAACAUUGCAAGUUGGUGAUAUAGAAAUCAUCUAUGCCACCUAUCAUGUUGAUGUUGGUGAAACGCCAUUCUUUGUAGCUGUAGAUUACACUCAAAAGAAAAUUGUUGUUAGCAUACGUGGAACACUUAGUAUGAAGGAUAUACUCACAGAUCUAAAUGCAGACGGAGAAGUGCUGCCGCUCUCACCACCGCGCGACGAUUGGCUGGGCCACAAAGGGAUGGUGCAGGCGGCUAUUUAUAUUAAGAAUAAAUUAGAGGAAGAAGGACUGAUCGAGCGAGCGCUAAGUCAUAAUCGUGAUAGGGGAACACAUAAAUUUGGCUUGGUUUUGGUGGGUCAUUCACUUGGCGCUGGGACUGCGGCUAUUUUAGCCAUACUCAUGAAAGCAGACUAUCCUUCGCUGCAGUGCUUUAGUUAUUCCCCACCAGGUGGGCUGCUUAGUAUGCCUGCGGUUGAAUACACGAAAUCUUUUAUUACAUCCGUUGUGUUGGGGAAGGAUGUAGUACCUCGCAUCGGAUUGCACCAGAUGGAAGCUUUGCGUGCUGACCUAAUUAAUGCAAUUCAACGAAGUGUAGAUCCGAAAUGGAAAACAAUAUCCUGCUCCGUUAUUUGUUGUGGUUGUGGAGCUGAACCCACAUCUGUUGUUGAGAUGUCCGGCAAAGAUAUCCAUAUUAACCAAUACCAAGAGCAAAGAGACUCUGCUCGCUCAACAAGUGCACAUCCCACAGACAGCUCUAUUGCCUUGACAUUACACCAGCCACUGUACCCGCCUGGCCGAAUAAUUCACAUAGUUCGACACCAUCCAAAACCUGAAGAGCAAAAGUUCGACAGCGGUUGGAGAAGUGUUCUUAAGAGCCACGAGCCGGUUUAUCAGGCCAUCUGGGCUGAUACCUGCGAUUUCGAUGAGGUUCUCAUAUCGCCAGUAAUGCUGCAGGAUCACAUGCCGGACAAGGUGCUGGCGGCACUCAAAAAGGUAAUUGCCGGCAUCAUUAACGAUAGCAACUCCUCUUUGAAUAGUACUGAUUCGUAGAUAUAAAAAGAUUAUAUUGUAUUAUUUAUUGUAGCCACACAGUAUAUUAUUAUUUAAGUCAAAUGAAAUGCUUGCCUAUGCUUAAAAGCCAGGAUUCCUUUUGCCCUGUUAUUAUUGAUUGUUUUAUUUUGAUGUAUGUAUGUAUGUAUGUAUGUAUGUAUAGUUAACUCAUGCAAAACGCAUUCUAUCAAGUGAUCAGUAUCGCAUUCGAAUAUGUAUGUUAAGUUUCUAAUAUAUGUUCUUCAAAAAGAAAAUCUUUCGAUAUUAAAUAUAAACUUAAUUUCACGUUGUUCAUUGCAUUAUUCAAUUG